AUGAGCCGGGGGAGGUGGGCCCGUGGCGCGCAGCGGCCGCCGCCGGCUAUAAAAGCCUGCGGGCCCGGGGCGGGUAGGGCCAGGCGAGCGGUCCGCGACCGGCGGAGGAUGGAGGGCGGCAGGACGGGGCGCGGCGGCCCCCGCCCGCCCUCGGCGGCGCUGCCCCCCCGGGGCUGCUCGCCCCUCUCCCGCUCGCCCCGGUGCGGGGCGCGGCCCGGCCCUGCCCUCACGGCCCUGCCCUCGGCCCGCAGGCCCGCGCCCUUCUGGAGACCCUGGGUGGCCGCGCCGGGCGAGGCGGCCCGGCCGAGCGGCCCCGCGGCGCCCCACAGCCCCCGCGGGCCGGCCGGAGCCCCCCGGAAGCUGGCGCAGUACACGCACCCCGUCAGACUAUUUUGGCCCAAAUCAAGGUGCUAUGAUUAUUUAUAUCAGGAAGCUGAAGCACUUCUGAAGAACUUCCCAGUCCAAGCUACAAUCUCCUUUUAUGAAGACUCUGAUAGCGAAGAUGAUGAAGAUGAUCUGGAACAAGAUUCAAGAACAGAAUCAGAUUGCUGAUUGCAGCAAAGGGCAAUGCAAUUUCUAAGACUUAAAUUAAACUUAUUAUAAAAAUAUAUUAUAGUAUUUUUAAAGAUAAUUUAUUUGUAUGUAAAUUAUUCUUAAUAAAACUGAAAUGUCUUGUAAUUUCA